AUGUCUUCGUGCCGUGUAGCGGCGUGCGUGGCGGCGCUGGCAGCAGUCAGCUGCGCGCUGCCACAUACUGUCCUCGCCCUGGACCUCAACAGGCUCUACGGCCACCACACUAAGCGCUCCGAGUACUGUCACCCGUAUGAGCCGUUCAAGUGUCCUGUGGAUGGCAACUGCAUCUCCAUCCAGUACCUCUGCGACGGAGCUCCGGACUGCAUCGAUGGAUACGAUGAGGACUCCAAGCUUUGCACUGCUGCUAAAAGGCCACCUGUUGAAGAAACAGCAUCCUUUCUCCAAUCAUUACUGGCAUCCCACGGGCCCAACUACCUCGAGAAGUUGUUCGGCAGCAAGGCACGGGACGCCCUCGAACCACUAGGCGGCGUCGAAAAGGUCGCUAUUGCUCUCUCAGAAUCCCAGACCAUUGAAGACUUCGGUGCCGCAUUACAUCUAAUGAGGUCCGACCUGGAACACCUACGCUCGGUAUUCAUGGCAGUGGAGAAUGGUGACCUUGGCAUGCUUAAAUCUCUUGGCAUCAAGGACUCGGAACUUGGCGACGUAAAAUUCUUCCUGGAGAAGCUGGUGAACACAGGAUUCUUGGACUGA